AGAGUGAGAGUUUAAAUAGUAAAACAAGGGGUGUGAAUUGCAAAUGUUUUUAGGCCUUCCUUGAUGUAUUAACGGAUUUCUUCUAUGGUAAUUUUUUGAUGAAAUCGUUAGUGUCACUGUUUGGGUUCAAUUGCAGCGUGUUCGUGUAAAGUCGUUGGUGUUGGAGACUUGAUGAAAUCAAGGUCAUACUAUGGUAUGGAUUGGAAGCAGCACCGGACCCAAGAACAUGGAAUAUGCCUUCCUGCUUUUCCUCUUCUUCUUCCAUAUCUUCCUUUCUCGCUCCUCUGGUAAACCCAGUGGAGUGUGUGUUUCUCAAGGAGGUCGCUUUCCUCCCUUCAAAUCAGAGGGUAACCCUCCCAAAAGGGGCCCUAAAGAUUUGUUCCUUUGCCGGAUUUUUCGCAAAAAGACUUGCUGUGAUGUAACCCAUACACAUCCUGCACUGCUGUCUGUAAGGAAGCUUGUUUCUACCGGGGAAGCUAGCCAAGAGUGUUUGCACUUAUGGGAACUGCUGGAAUGUUCCGUAUGUGAUCCACGUGUUGGUACACAGCCUGGACCUCCUCUUAUUUGUGCAUCUUUAUGUGAGAGAAUAUAUGAGGCAUGCUCAAAUGCUUACUUCUCUAUGGAUGUGAAAACACAGAUUCUUGCACCUUGUGGAGUAAAUGACUUUGUAUGUGGUAGAGCUGCUGAAUGGGUCUCCAAUGGUACAGAUCUUUGUCUUGCCGCAGGUUUUCGAGUAAAACCAUCCGAUAUUGUACACAUUGCCUCAGAAGAAACUUCUUGCUAUGGAGAUAAAGCAAGUCUAGGUUCUGUUGCUGAUUCAUGGAAGGCUUCACAGUUUGAGUUGACCCGGGAGGGUGAGAGCUUGUGGAUGUUGGAUGAUUUCCAACAAUGGGUGAAGAAAAUGCCAUUUGGUGAAAGAGUUUCUUGGGCUAUAGGAGGGAUGGUUCUAACAGCAGGCUUGGUUUUUAUAAGAAUUGGUUCUCCCUCUAUCUUUAUUGUUGGAAUGAUGGUUAUCUUCUAUUUAUGUAUGAUAAUCAUGCAGCAAAAGGAAAAGCCAUAACCAACGGCAGAAACUAGCAGCUAUAAGGCGAACUGCAAGGAGGCUGGAAGGCAGGAUGGUGGAGCAACGGCCUUCUAAUGCUCAAGAACAUAGGAGAAGAAUUUCCAGAUGAGUGUCCCCUUGUAUGUGACGUUGAGAACAUAAUUAGUUUUGCUAAUUUGUAGGUGAAUCUCGAGUUUCUUUUGUUAUUAUAAAUUUAUAAUCAAAAUGAACUCUUGCUUUUCACGUUCUUUCCUUGUAUUUUUCACGAUCUUUUUCCCUUCAAAAUGGGUUUUGUUUUAGACCAUAUACCUUGGUUUUAUAGACAAUAUACGUUUGUUUUAGACCAGUUUUUUAGGCAAUCAAAAUAUUCACUACCUUUUGUAAUAACAAA